AUGGUGUCUGCUAGGAAACCAUCGGAAGCAUCCCAGCACAAAGUGCUAGCAGUUGGACUGAAGCUUCUGCACCUCGUUGGACUCUGGGGAGAGGACAGACGGAAGUGGUACCGAGUGGUAGUCUUUUGCCUUAGUUUUAUCAUUAUACCGCCGAAGAUGUUUUUGGGCUCCGGUAAAGACACAUACGAUUCGUACGUUCGAAAUGUGGCGGAAUUAAUCUUUACGUGUGAAAACGACGCAUGGAUGGUUAUUUUCACCUACCGGCAGGACUCUUUUCGAAAGCUGGUGGAGAUUCUGGAGUGCUUUUUCAAUCGUGAUUGGCCCGAUGAGCUUCGGAACCAAAUCGAAACCUUGAACCGGUGGAUGUACAUGGUUGCAAAAUUCUACGUUAUCUACGUAGGCGUCUUGGUGGUUCUGUUUGUCAAUGUUCCAAUUGUGGCCACAGUUGCGGGUUUGAUAUUUAAUACAAAAGCAGAGAUGGAUGAGUUCUUUUUGAUUACAGAAACACAGUUUUAUGGACUCGACAUCCGGCGGGACCUCCUAUCAUGGGCUAUUUUCACGAGUUUCAGCACGAUAGUAAGUUGUAGCGGCGGAUUCGUUAUGAUGCUGAAAGGAGUUAUAGCUCAGAUCAUCAUUCACUAUGGAGCGAAGCUCUUCGAAUUGGUAUCCAAAAGAAUUAAACUCAUGGAGCAAAUCGUUGACUCAGACCAGCGGGAUUGUGAAUUUCGGAAAAUCAUUGAACUACAUAACCUAUCGUUAGAAUACCUGCGCUACUUGGAACACACUCUAAGCUUCUCGUUACUAAACAUAACGCUAAGCUGUUUGAUGAUGUGGUGCCUCAUGUUGUUUUAUAUUUCAAAGAAUUUCAAUGGUGUGAGCGGUGUUUGCUUCCUUAUUCCUUUCGUUGCACUGCUGGGAGAAAUGACGGUUUAUAGUAUAAAUGGAACCAAUUUGCAAAAACAGGCUUCAGCGGUUGCUGACGCAAUAUGCGAAUAUCCCUGGUACAGAGAACCGGUCGCCAUGCAAAAAGCAGUAGGUUUCAUGAUCCAAAGAGCGCAACAACCGGCGGGAAUAACGGCUGGGAAAUUUCACUACAUUGAUCUGCAGAGAUUGGGCGCAAUGUUGCAAGCUACUUAUUCUUACUAUUUGAUUCUUAAGGAUAGAUUCUAGAAGGGUUGUUAUGAAGGUACUGUACAAUAGAUGCAAUGAUUUACCGCUGUGUGAUAGUAA